GGGGGGGGGGUGUCUGGUGUAGAGCAGGGUGGAAGGGCAAGUGUAUCUAUGAUGGGGGCUCUGGAGGUGACAGCAAACCCAGGUUCCACUCAGCCCUGGGCCCUCAUCCCCCCUGGCAGAGUUCAAGGCUGCCUUUGAUAUGUUCGACGCUGAUGGUGGCGGUGACAUCAGUGUCAAGGAGUUGGGCACCGUGAUGAGGAUGCUUGGCCAGACACCCACCAAAGAGGAGUUGGAUGCCAUCAUCGAGGAGGUGGAUGAGGAUGGCAGCGGCACCAUCGACUUCGAGGAGUUCUUGGUCAUGAUGGUGCGCCAGAUGAAAGAGGACGCAAAGGGCAAGACCGAGGAGGAGCUGGCCGAAUGUUUCCGCAUUUUCGACAGGAACGCAGAUGGCUACAUCGACCCGGAGGAGCUGGCUGAGAUUUUCAGAGCUUCCGGGGAGCACGUGACAGACGAGGAGAUUGAGUCCCUAAUGAAAGACGGAGACAAGAACAACGAUGGCCGCAUCGACUUCGAUGGUGAGGGCUGCGGGGGCGGAGAAGGGGGCCACGCGGGAGCGUCCAGGGAGCACGGCCGCCUGGAUGGCGCUCCAGGGGGGUGGGCGGUGGGCUGGGAGCUGAGGGACGCGGAAGGGCGUCGGGGUGCGGGAGCGGAGGCGGCGGUCGCCCUGUGCUGGGCUGCGCUAGUUGAGGUCGGCGGGUUAGUGGCCGGCUACCCGCAGCUGGAGCUGGGCUUGUGUAGCUCCGCGGACGUGCAUCGGCUGCGGCUGGUGCUGGAGGAGGGAGGCCGCAGGGGUUUCGAGCUGAGUCGGCCACUCACAGGCCUGCAGGACCAGCUGCUGGGGUAG